UGUAUUGCGAAGACGGGAGGACGUCUCGUCGCUGUCCGCAGAGCAAAAAGCAGCAGCGUUUUUCUUUUUAGCGUCGUUGUCCGCCGUCGUCGUAGUAGGCGUCGCGUCGGCGGUUUAUAAUCAAACAAACAAAGUAUACAACAAAGCAAGAAAAUAAAACAAAAAGAGCAAUAACAAAAUAAAUGAAAUAAUUUAGCGCAAUAAAAGUCAACAAGUAUACAUGUGUUCAUGUGAGAAAGUUUUUUUUUUUGCAUAUAAUACACUUUUUUUCAAGUGAUUUUAAUGUGAACUUAAGCAAAAGCCAACUGCAUUUUGAUGUAAAAUGAAAUAAAGCUGCGCAACAAGAUAAAGAUAAAAUAACAACGCGCAGUCGAAAUCAAAAAAACAAAAAAAAAAAAACAGCGCAAAGAAAAGUGAAAAGAGAGAGCCGAUCGAGAGAACAAUUAGAGAGUAGUGCGUGCGAUUAUAGUGAGAGAGCGAGUGAGAGUCGGCGACAUGUCCAGCAGCGACGAUGUGCUCAUCACGAGCGUCAUUGACGCCAACGGGCAACCGUUGCCACUGCAUGGCAAUAGCCUGGGCGGCAUCGCUAUGCCGGUGAAGCAGGAGCGACCGGAUGAUGCCGAAAUACGUGAACUUGCCGCCAAAAUGAAGGAACAACAAAAGCAACAGGCCGCACAGCAGGCCAGCAGGCAGGCAGCCAUGCAUCAUGCCAAUGGCGUAUCUGCUGUCUUGGGCCCAGGACCCGGGAGCAUGCAGCCACCAAUGACCAAUGGUCAUGGCCAGACCAACAUAAUGAGCUUUCUGUCGCGCCACCAAAAGCUGCCCAAUGGCACAAUGCAGAUGGUGCCAGCGCUCACAGCAAAUGGUCGUGCCAAUGGCGCUAUUGAUAGUGAGCACAAAAAGGCCGGCAGUGGUCCCUGCGACGAGGAAUCGAUCAGGGGCCACUUCGGCUGGGCGCAAUUCGGCAAAGUGUCCAUACCCUAUAUAUACAGACAGUCGGAGAAAUAUUGUUCGGUGCGUAUGAUUGAGCUGAAGCUGUUGGGCAAAUAUCUGAACUGCCUGCAUCCGGAUAUUUACUCGAGCUGCACCUGCGUGCGCAGCUACUAUAUAACGGACUCGGAGGCGCGUCUCUUCAUUGAGAUCAACCAUAAGCACUGUGAUGGCGAAUUCGGUCGCGAUAUAUUCACACAAAAGGAUUUGGUGGUGCGUCUAAACGACGCCUCCAAGUUCUACCAGUUCUUGGACAUAUGCUAUCGCAAGCUGGUCUCGGGCAGCAAAACGCCCUCGGAGAAAUGCGGCUUCAUACGCAUCAACAAGGAGUCUGUGGUGCCGUAUACGGUGCGCAAUAAUCAGCAGGUGGUGCCGCUCUUCUACUUCGAGGGCGAAACGGAGAAUCUGAAAACCAAAGCGGAGCUGCUCAAUGGCUGGGACUUGGCUUAUUUGAAGUUUUGCUGCAAAGUGCAGGGCAUACGCAAUGAGCUCUUCUCCAGUGAGAAUGUCGCUGUCAUCUCGCUGACCGACAUCAAAAGCUAUUUUCCCAAUGGCACCGAAUUCGAGGAUUACUGGCCCAGCAAGGUGGUCGACUCUAAUCUCUUGAUUGGCAAUCGCACCAAUGUCACUACCAAUGUCAACUGGACACGCCAGCCGACGGCCCCGCCGCCAAAGAUUACCACCAACAGCAGCAGCAGCGUUAACAACAACAACAAUAACAACAACGUUGGCAGCGGCGGCAGCGCCAAUGGGGGCGGCAACAGCAGCGUACAAAAGUCACAACAACAACAGCAUUCCAGCGCCGUCAGCGCUGCCGCCGCCGCACAGCAACAACAUUUGAUGAAACAGCGAGCAGUGGCCGCUGCAGCGGCCGCCGCCACUGCCAAUGGGGUCACAAAUGCCAGCAACUUCUCCCCCCAGGCCGCUGCAGCGGUAUUCAACUCACAAGCAGCCGUCGCUGCCGCCGCCAUGCUGCAGACAGGUGGAAACACACGCAUGCUCACCCAGGCCACAGUCCAGGCAUUGGCCAGCGGCAGCUGGAAUAAUGCCCAGCUCCAUGCCCAAAUGUUGGCACAACAAACACAUGCGAAUUCGAAUCGAGUUGGCACAUAUCGCGAGCACCUGAACAACAUGAUGCUAAGCGGCAGCAGCCGCCAGCCGUAUUCCUAUAACAAUCCUGCGAUCUCAAUGUCCUCCGUGAAUAGUCACAGUGGUGGUGGUGCCAAUGCGCCGCCUCCACUGGUUCGUUCGGCAGCGGGCCAGAAUGCUGCCAAUCACAUGUCAAAUAUCGAGCAAUCACUGGUGCAACAACAACAACAACAGACACAACAACAACAACAGCAACAACAACAACAACGACAACAGCAACACCAAAAUAGCACAUUUAACCAUGCACAACAACACUCCCCAAACACGCAUAGUCCACGUAGCCAUCAUGGCCAUGUCCUUGCCAAUAACACUCGCCAUCAAAUGGCCGGCGGCGGCGGCGGCAACAGUUGUUCGCCAUCCCCCACCUCCUCCUCGAAUGCAUCCUCGAAUGCAUCAAGCAAUGCCAAUGUCAGCCUCAGCCUCAGCCAACGCCAAUCUAAUGCCGCUUCAAAUGCUUCGGCUGUGGCCGCCGCUGUGGCUGCCAAUAUGCAAGCGCUCUUAAAUUACAAUAUGCCCAACGCGAAUCUGGCGUUGUGGAAUCAGCUCUCCCCAUCGGAGCGUUUGCUUUUCACACAGCAAAUCAAGGGUGGUGGCAACAUGGUGGGUGGCAGUGGCGGUGGCGCUAGGGGAGCAAGUGGUUCAUCUCAGAAAUCGCAUAACGCCUUGGGCAUUAACUAUCCAUCGCUGCCCAUGGAUACGGAUCUGAUAACCAUGUUGGACUAUAAGCAGGCAGCUGCUAACAGCAAAAGCAACAAAGCGGCCGCCUCAGCUGCUGCUGCUGCUGCUGCUGCUGGUGGUGGUGGUGGUGGUGGUGGUGGUGGUGGGGGCACCUUUACCAAGCCAAUUGUGCCACCCCUAAUACCAGAUGAGCAGCAGCUGCUGGCACAGCAGCAGCAGCAGCUAAGUGGCAAGAAACGUAGCAGUGGUGGUGCAAUAGCCGGCGGUGCUGGUGUAACCACAAUACCCUUGAAUUCCACGCAAGCCCUAGAGGAUUUCGAAAAGAAAUUCAAUAUGACGGCUGAAAUGCGUGCCGUUAUACACAAGGUGCUGGCCAAUCCUGAUCUCUCCACGUCCAUUCAAACGAAUGCCAAUGCGAAUGCAUCACAUGCCCAUGCACAUCCCGUGCCCUCGUAUAUAUCGCCACCCAUGUCGCCGGCCAUUGGUGGUGGCGGUGGCGGUGGCGGCAAUGUGACCACGUUGUCGCUAGCUUCCAAUCCGAAUGUUACCAUAACGCCCCAAUUGCCGCCGGGACAUUUUUUGCACUCGCCCUCCAGCAGCUGCUCCAGCUCGAGUGCGUCCACCACAGCCGCCUCGCCAAAUGGCGCUCCGAAUGCUUCAUUUGGUGCUGGUGGUGGCGGUGGUGGUGCAUCCGCUGCUGGUGCAGCAGCGCGUCAAAAGAGCGUCAUAUGCUCCACCAAGUCCAAUUCACUGCCACCUGCCAUAUUGUCGUUAGCCAAUGUCGGCUCCGGCUCCAACAGUUCCUCAUCCGCGAGCUUGCGGCAUAGGCAGUCAAUCGGCGGUUACGGGCGUCAGUCACACAGCCAUCAGUUUAGUAUCAAUAGCCAUCACUUGGAUAGCAGCAUAGGCAGCACAACAAUCACACCCAGCACCACGCCCACUGAAGUAAUCGAUUUGUCUUCAUCCCGAAGGUCGCUGGCGGCCUCCGCAUUUCACCAGCAGCAGCAGCAGCAAGCGGCGGCCGCCGCUCAACAGCAGCAGCAGCAGCAGCAACAACAAGCGCAGCAGCAGCAGCAGCAACAGCAGGCCGCCGCCGCGGCACAGCAUCAGCGAAUGUCCGCCGCCCUGGCUCAUCACGCCCAGCACCUGCAACAGAACGGCGCUCGGACUUCGACUAGCACCUCAAGCGCUGGCGGUGGCAGUGCCGCCAGCAACUCUUCAAGCGUAAAUAGCGCCACAAUGCAUCUGCAGCGCCACGCGGCUCUGGCGCAGGCAGAGGCCGCCCGGGCGGCCACCGAUGGGGCACAGCGGUUGUGCGUUAUACCGGAGAUACCAACGAGCAGCAUGAACCUGCAUCCCUACAAGGUGCAGCGCGUCUGCGUGGAGAAGCACUUGGUGCCGUGCAUCAACAUGAAGGCCUACAACGAUUCCGAGCAGCUGAUGACGCUAACCGAGUUUCAGAAGAAAUUCUUUCCCACGGUCACACUGGAGCACUGCAAGCGGCUGAUCGAGGCGCUCGGCGUGGAGCUCUACAAAGCCAAUCGGCGUCAGGUGCAAAUACUUAUGGAGUACGAUCGUACCUACAAUGAGAAUAUGCCGCUGGUCCAAGUGCGGGAUAUCAUCAAGUAUAUGACACAGCUGACGUUCAUGACUCAUCAACCAGAGCAGCCACCUUCGAAACGUUCACGCACUAGCUAGGAUUUAAGCUGGGGAGCACAACAUUUGCCACCAACAACAAUAACAACAGCACCGAGAAGAACAAGAACACCCACAAUAUUAACACCAAUAAUACUAAGAACACCACCAACAACAACAACAGCAGCAGCAGCAGCAGCAGCAGCAACACCCACAUCAACAGCAUCAGUUACAACAACACCCAACACACCAACAACAGAGUCAAUACCAACAGUAGACAACAUUACAACAAUAGUGACUGCAACAAAAACAGAUAAGUUUGCCAAGCAACAUAAAACGAUCGCACACUUGGCACCGCCAUCAACAGCAACACCACCACCAACACCACAACAACAACAACAAGCAAAACAACAGAAACAACAACACGAGCAACACCAAAAGAAACUGCAGCAGCAACAUCCACCAAAACAAUAUUCGCCACCAAUAGCACACAGCAGCAGCAGCAAAACAUACGAAAUGUUGUACUCCCACAACCAACACCUGCCAGAUCACUCAGAAAUGCCACUUGCGCUUACUCGCCAGCAGUCGCAGCCGCCGCCGCCGCCGCAGGAACCGCCGCCCACGCGUCACCAUCAGCCCCCGCAAGAGCCCCCGCCCACGCGUCACCAUCAGCCGCCGCCCGCGCGCCACCAUCAGUCGCCCCAAGUCGCUCCACCGCAUGCGCACCCCCAACACCAACAGCAUCGUCAAGAGCAGCAGCGGCAGCAGAAGAAGCGCCAACACGCCGAACACACCAGCUCCAGCUCCAGCAGCAGCAGCGGCGGCGGCGGCGGCGGCAGCACUAGCACCAAGACCACCAGCAGUGCCAGCGCCGCCAAAGCCGCCGCUCAGCAAAGAGCCGCAGCCGAGCAUGCUUACCUAUCCACGUUAUACGGCAAGGCGGCCGCCAACAUGCUCAGCCCACCACUUAGUGCCGCAGCCGCCGUACAGGAGCAGCGACAUAGCAGCGCCGCCAGCAGCUACGACUGGAGCCUAGCUGCGACCACCACUGAGCGCCAGCGUCGCUUGCUGCCACUAAUAAACCCACUGCCGCAGCCACCAGAUGCGCCAGCAGCUGGCAGUGCGACGCGUGUGGCCGCCAUAGCUGCCGCAGCGGCCGUUGCUGCCGAGCGGCAUCAGCGUCAGGCCCAGGCCAGCAUGAAUCGGCGGCACAGCAUUUGCGCACCCGUUAUUUCCAGCCUGUCGCCCGCUUCGUCGACCCACUCCUCAUCGGCGGCUGCAUCGCCGACAGCAGCAGCAGCCGCGCUGGCAGCGGCCUCUUAUUAUGGCGCCUUCUCAGCGCCAUAUCAUCAUAUGAGCGCCGCUGCAGCGGCGGCAGCAGCGCAUCAUGCACACGGCCAGCCAUCGCCGACGAUUUAUCCGCCCACGCCGCCGCCAUCGGCGCCCUGGGUGCAUCCCUGGUAUGCGGGUGAUGCGUUCUAAGCACACGCUCAAGUUAAACUCUUUCUAUGUUAAGUUAUUUAUUAACCUGUUUUACACGCAGAGGAAGUUUUUUUUUAUUUACUAUUUUUUUUAUUUUUUUUUUUAUAUAACUAGCAAGUAGAUAGGCUAACUAAUUUCUAGGCAUCAUAUGCCAUACAAACACAAAGAAAAUAAUACAAUUCUUGAUAUCGAUAGCAGUUAAUGUAAAAACUAUCGUUAAUUUCAACGUUUCUUGAAAUUUCUGUAAUUUUUCACUGAGAACGCAAAGAACUGAUUACAUUAAAGUGACAAAACACACACUACUAGCAAAAAAAAAGAAAA